CUUCUGUCUCCUGGAGUAGAUGGAGGUAGGAUGCCAGGCUCUUGCUCCAGGCAGCAUAAAUGCUUAUGGAGGUAGGAUACCAGGCUCUUGCUCCAGGCAGCAUAAAUGCUUAGUGACAGUUGGAGCACCCAGCCUAUACCAAAAUUUCCCUUAGAUCAACAACAUGAGGGUUGUCGUGUGAGGUUUGCUAUGAGAAUAUCUGUCAACAAGAAGAAACUAAGGAAGAAAAAAUAUCCUUGUCACUGGUUUGGAAUGAGAGUUGAUGCACUGAGAAUAUCUGAUUGUCAUUUGUGCUUUGAAGAACGUUUCUACCUUCUAAAGGCUCAGUUUUCUGCUCAUGGACUUCAUUUUUCCGUAAUGACUAUAAUGAAAAAAUGCUUCUACCGAAAACAGUAUAUGUUGGCUUUUGUAUGUCUCAUGCUGUUGGCCACAGGGGUCCUGAAACUUUCUGACACCUGGAAAUGUGACUUCAGUGAGUUGGGUGUGGAGUCACUGGAUGUCUGGAAGGAAUCCUGCAAGGAUAAGCUCUAUCAGUCCCUGAAACUGCUACCCAAGAACUCCAUCGACUGCUCUCUGAUCACCAGAGGGAAUCCCGAUGCUGUGGCCCAGGCAACCUUGAUCAAGUUGGAGAAAAAGUUAAAAAGGGAGCCUCUGACUGAAGCUCAAUAUCUCAACAUGACUCAGGACUGUGCUCACUUCAGGGCCAGUCAGAGGUUCAUUCAGUUUCCACUGAGCAAGGAGGAGGAGGACUUCCCCAUUGCAUAUUCAAUGGUGAUUCAUGAGAAGAUUGAAAAUUUUGAGAGACUUCUAAGGGCCGUGUAUGCCCCACAGAACAUCUACUGCAUCCAUGUGGAUCUGAAGUCUUCAGAAGCCUUCAAGGAGGCAGUCAGAGCCAUUAGUUCAUGCUUCCCAAAUGUCUUUGUGGCUAAAAAUCUGGUCCCAGUGGUGUAUGCUUCCUGGUCCAGAGUACAAGCUGAUCUGAACUGCAUGGAAGAGUUGCUCCAGAGUUCUGUGCCCUGGAAAUACCUUUUGAAUACCUGUGGUACUGAUUUUCCCAUAAAGACCAAUGCUGAGAUGGUGAGGUCUCUCAAAGUGUUGAAUGGGAAGAAUAGUAUGGAAUCAGAAAUACCCACUAAUUACAAAAAAGAGCGCUGGAAAUAUCAUUAUGAGGUCAAGGAUAAGAUAUUCUGGACCAAAACAAUAAAGACGACUCCGCCCCACGGCUUGCCCAUGUUCACAGGGAAUGCCUAUAUUGUGGCUUCCCGGGACUUUAUCCAACACCUCUUUAAGAACCCAGAUGCUCAAAAGUUGAUAGAGUGGGUGAAGGACACCUAUAGCCCUGAUGAACAUCUCUGGGCCACUCUCCAUCGGAUGCCCUGGAUGCCUGGCUCUGUACCCUACCAUGAAAAGUACCAUACCUCGGACCUAAAUGCCAUUGCCCGGUUUGUGAAGUGGCAAGGCUAUGGUGGUGAUAUCAGAAAGGGGCACCCCUAUCCCCUUUGCACUGGAACCUACCAGCGGGGCGUUUGUGUGUAUGGGGCUGGAGACCUGCAUUUUAUGCUCCGAAGUCACCAUCUGCUGGCCAACAAGUUUGACCCGAAGGUAGAUGACAAUGCACUCCAGUGCCUGGAAGAAUAUCUGCGAUACAAAGCCAUUUAUGGGAGGGAGCUCUGAGAGAGAAGAUGUAGCCACCGACGGGUAUGAGAUGCCUAAGAAACUCUUUCAAGCAUGUAAGGAAUGCAUUAGCACAGUGUGACAUGGCAGUGGAGAAAUAUACCCUGAACUUUUGUGACUCCCCGAGAGAUGAGAGAUUUCUUCUUUUGGAUCAGCAUUUAGCAGGACUGAUACCAAGAGGUGAUUUCUGCCCCAUGUGAUUUCUGAUUAUGUUAUUUCCUUCUUUAUCAUCAGUAGGCGUGGGAGGUGGGGCAAUGGUAAAGAAGAGUAGGGGGUAGGAGCAGAAUGCAGAGGAGGAACACCUCCACAUAAGUUACUUCCUUGUGACUGUCCUCACUCAGCUUGUCCCCAAGGGGAUGAUAUUCUCAUGGGAGAGACAUGGAUGAGAAUUUGGAUGGAGGUCAGAGUGAGGUACUGGUUUUGUCAGCUUGGUGUUGUGAAAAGAAUACUAGAUUGUUGGAAUGCAAUGGUCCGGGUUUGAGUCUUGAUUCUAACACUUAAUAGUUCUGUAACUGUGCAUAAAUGACACCCUCUCUGAGCUCCACAUUCUGGGGAUAAUAAUCCUUGCAGCAUUACCUGCUGCAGAGGGAUAUUAUAAGCCAAGUGUUUUGGAAAGUGUCCAGCACAAUGUAAAUGCUAGUCAUUUAAGAAGGUGUAAUUUAGACUCCUUGUAAGGACAACCCUUCUAAGAAAUCAGUCCUUCCCAAACUCCAGGUUGGGGGUCCUCAGAGAGGGGAAGGGAAAGCUAGAUCCAAGAAGUGGUAGAUGGAAACAACUUUUCCCUGUCUUGUUUCAUUGUUACUUUCUCCCAUAAAAUGCAUUUCCUAAUCAACUACUCUAAUGCUAUCAGUCUGAGAAAAGAUAAAAGAAACAGAGAUAAGAUCAGGUUGGAGGAAUUGCCCUCAAGUUAGACUUGGGGCUGUAUGGUGCUGUUUGGAAACCCUUGAAUUUCGGCAGGCUCUUUCCAGCCAGUCCAGGUGUGCAGGCACUUUGGGAGAGGUAAAAAAGAAAGAGAAAACUCCUUCUUUGGGCAUUGAACUGUAGGCUUGGCACUUUUCUAUGUGUUUACAUGGCCAGAUGUGUACAUUUACUUCCCCAUAAAGGGAAAGGAAGAUAGAGUGUUAUAACCUGUCUCCUUGGGGCAGCUCCUCAUUGGAUUUCUUAAUCGGAACAUGAAAGUUUGAGAUCCAAACUGUCUGGUCAGGUUUUUUAGGUUGUAAUCGAUUUAUUUUGGUGGGGAGCUGGGCCUAUAAAGGGAAAGGGAGAGAGUGUGUUAUAACCUGAAUCCUUGGGGCAGCUCCUCAUUGGAUUUCUUAAUCGGAACAUGAAAGUUUGAGAUCCAAAUUGUCUGGCUGGUCUUUUAAGUUGUAACAUUUGUUUUGGUGAGUGGCUGGGAUGCUGCUCAAUGCCUAUUAAAUUGUCUUUCUCCUGUGGAGACAAUAGUGUACACAUAUUUAUUUUUUGAAGUCACCCAGACAAAUAAUUUAUUUUUUUCUGAAGCUUCAGAUGAUUUUAAAGACAUAUUAAAUUCAAAUCCUUUCUUAGACACUUAUUAGCUUUCUUGGUGGGCAAAUCACUUAACCUUGACUGUCUCAGUUUUCC